AUGAACAGCCCAACCAGCCCUCGUCGAUCCCGCCCUGGACACGAUCUCCUCGCGAGGCUCCCUGACCAGAUCCUCGUGCAGAUCCUUGAGACUGUCUCUCACAUGUCCAAGCGGUCCCUUUGCCAAGUAUCCCGGCUCAGCAAGCGGUACCAUGCCGUCGCCGACGCGAUCCUGUACAAGACACUGCACUUCUCUGACCCAGAGCUGCACCUCAUCUUCAGCCAGUCCCUCCAGCGUCGCCCACGUCGUGGCUCGGCCAUCCACGAGUUCAAGCUGGCGUACCCCGCAUCCGAGCUGUCACAGCUGAUGCUCGAGGCGCCUGUCCAUGGUUCCUACUACGACCAGGCACCCGUGCGCUACGACAGUCUAUCACGCACCAUCUCUGUCAUGUCCAACCUGGAAACCCUGGACAUUGCCGUGCCCGUCAGGCUCCUCCCGGGGAUAGGCAAGCUGUUCGGCGGCCCGUUCGACCUGGCUUGUCUCCGAUCAUGUACUCUCUUCUAUCAGACGGAGCAUGGGGAGUACUGGGACCUGCAGGAGAACAUUCACAUUUUUGCGCACCCGACCCUCGAGACCCUGGUGAUCAAGCGGGCCAAGCUGGACCAUACGGGUUUCGACUACAUUGAGCAACCUCACGAGACGGCCCUCGAGAAGCUCCAUCUCAUCGAGUGCGAUUUCAACGACGACGCACUCACCGAUAUCCUCAUGUUUCCCAAGGCACUCACCGAGUUCGUCAUGACACAGACCAGCGAACCCUCCCCGGAACUCGAAGAGAGCUCGGAUCGGAUGGACCACUACAUCCUGGCCCUGCAGUCCGCCUGUCACUCACUAGUCACGAUCACCAUUGAUUUCCCUACAUUGUCGGGCCACAAAGCCCUCCGUAUGAGAGACUUUGAGGCCCUCAAGACGCUCCGCAUCAACUGGGACUAUCAGCUCUUUGGCAAGUCGUCGGCGAAACCGAGGAUGCACUCUGUCGGGCUGCCUCCCAACCUAGAGACAUUGGAAUUCUUCAACCCCCUUGGGACGGACGACGAGGUGACGGAUCUUCUCGAGUACACGUUGGAGAAAAUCAAGGUCAACGCCCAACACCUAAGACAUUUCAUUGUGGUGGACGAUGAGGAGCAUAGAGUCCCGCGGCAGGUGAUUGCCGCGUGCAGGACACAGCCGCAGAUACACUUGGAUAUCAUUGGAAAUCUGGACGAAGACAAAGUAGACGAUUAG